AAAUAUUGAUGUCAGUGCAUAUAAAUCAACGUAAAAUUAAACUAAAUCAUAUGACAUACUUAUUUAAAUUCUAGAAAACUAUUUUUAAGAGGAAAAUUAACAGCAAACACUUUUCCUGACAUAGUUUUUCAAUCGUCAAGAGGGUAUAAAUUCGGUUGGUGGUGGGAAAGCAUUGUAUGUCUCAACAAUGAAGCUUUUCAUGGUUGUCGUUUUCUGUCUUGCAUAUGUUUCCGUUUCACGGGCUUCACCAACGACCUCUCCCGACAAGGGCACUACUAAAUGUCCCGACGGAUACACGAGAUUUAAGGAAUCGUGCUACCUCCUCAACAAUGAAGUGACGUCAUGGAUCGAAGCCUACCAAAUGUGUCUUUUGUUUGGGGGAUACUUGAUAGAAGUUGAUGACACGAACGAAUACUCCUUUAUACAGGGUUAUCUCAACGAACACGGACAAGAAGGAAUAUCACUGGGUACAUAUCGUUACCGAAGCGGCAGCUACGGCGGGUAUGAAACAGAAAAUCGACGAAGCUACGCAGGUUAUUGGAUGGGUGCCAACUCCAUUGAACUACCAGGGCACUGGUUUUGGAUGAAAUCGAGAAAAAUUGUGGAUUUCGAUAUUUUCGGUAAAGCGGAUAUCAAUGUUACAGACAGUAGUUGUCUUUGCUUCGAUCGUUCCAAUAUGUCCCAGUCCAGGAAUAAGAAAUGUCACACUCAAAUGUAUUCAAUCUGCGAGAGGAACACGCAAUAAGUGAUAGAUGCUCAAAUUUUCGAAAAAGAAACUAAAGUUUAUUCCGUCAUUUACAAUAGCAAUGAACAAAUUUGUUCGAAAAGAAUAUCACAAUAAAUAAACAAAAUA